AUGAACGAUAAAGAUCAAUUAAAGAGAGAUUUGCACAAAGCUCUGUUAAACUCAAAAGUCAUCGCGUUCCCGAUCGCAGUCAGACAAGCGUGGCACUCCUCCGGGACGUACGAUAAACACAGUAAUACCGGUGGGUCGAACGGCGCGACCAUGCGAUUUGCCCCAGAGAAAGACGACCCGGCGAAUAACGGGUUAGGCAUCGUUCGAGACAUGCUUCACGAGGUGAAGAAAGUACACCCGAACAUAUCCGAGGCGGAUUUGUAUACCUACGCCGGGGCGUUGGCGGUGGAAUUCGCCGGUGGGCCGCACGUGCCGUACUUGUUCGGGAGGACGGACGAUUCGACGAACGCGAGGUGCCCUAUGCACGGACGGUUACCGGACGCGAGUCAAGGAAAAGACCAUUUGAGAGACGUGUUCCACAGAAUGGGCAUGAGCGAUCGAGACAUCGUUGCGUUGAGUGGAGCGCACACGUUAGGACGGUGUCACUUCGUUCGAAGCGGAUACGAUGGUCCUUGGACGCACAAUCCUCUGAAGUUUGAUAACGAGUAUUUUCGAAACUUGGUGUCCUUGACCUGGGUACCGAGAGAGUGGGACGGAGAGAUGCAAUACACGGAUAAAGAGACGAAAACGCUGAUGAUGUUACCGACAGACGUGGCGUUGAUACGAGAUGGAACGUUUCGCAAGUACGUGGAGUUAUACGCGAAGGAUCAAGAGGCGUUUUUUCGCGAUUUCGCGGACGCGUAUUCGCGGUUGUUGGCGUUGGGCGUCCCGCACUGCUGUCCGCACGCGCAAGCGCAGAAAGCUGGAGAGAUGAAACGGAAAUCGGCCAAGUUUCGCGAGAGCGCGAUGCACGGUGUCGUGGAGAUUAAAAAGUUAGCAGAGGGUGCGGACGUGAGAGAGGGUGAUCCAGGGAGCGGGAGAACGGCGUUGCACAAAGCCGCGUAUUGGGGACACGCGCACACGAUUCAAACGUUGGUCGAUUUGGGCGUCCCUCUCAACGCGCAAGAUUCCGAUGGCGAUACCGCGUUACACGAUGCCGCCAGGUUUGGUCACUUGGAAGUCGUGAAGCAGUUGUUGAACGCGCGAGGUGUUGAUAUCGGUUUAAGAAAUAGACAAGGAUUGGACGCUUUAGGAUUGGCGAAAGAAUACGGGAAACGAGACGUCGCGGACGCGUUGGAACAGUUCAAAAGGAACGGCGGCGGAAGCAGAUUAUAA